GCGGAAGUGGUGUUGCUUUGGCGGACUUCCCACUGACACGCAUCAACCGGGCAUUAGAUCUGUUCUUCAUCGAACCGGGUUCACUUAGUGUAUUGUUUGGUUUGUCGGUUUAUGAUUUUCCAUUUACUGAGUAGGUUAUCAGCGAAGGUGCCGAGCGUUGUGUACAGGGCCGCAUUGAUCAUGAAGCCGCAGGUUGUGUUCGUGUUGGGAGGGCCUGGGGCGGGGAAAGGGACCCAGUGUGCCAGAAUCGUUGAGAACUACAGUUACACUCACCUGUCUGCCGGAGACCUGCUGAGGGCCGAGCGAAGCCGAGAGGGGUCAGAGUUCGGACAGCUCAUUGACAGUUACAUCAAGGAUGGCAAGAUCGUCCCUGUCGAGAUCACCAUUAACUUACUCAGGAAGGCCAUGGAGGAAACCAUGGAGACGGACGAGAAGAAGUUCCGCUUCCUCAUCGACGGCUUCCCCAGAAAUGAAGACAACCUCCAGGGGUGGACCACUGUCAUGGAAGGGAAGGCUAACGUCAAAUUUGUGCUUUUCUUCGACUGUACUAGUGAGGUCUGUAUCGACCGAUGUCUAGAAAGAGGGAAGAGCAGCGGACGCACCGAUGACAACCGAGCGAGCCUGGAGAAAAGGAUCCAGACAUACCUGCAGUCGACACGGCCUAUCAUCUCACUGUAUGAGAAACAGGGCAAGGUGCGCACCGUGGAUGCCUCGUGCGGUGUGGACGAGGUUUUUGACAACGUCAAAGCCAUCCUGGACAAAGAGGGUUGAAAUCCCCGCCAACUGCCAACUGCCAACAACUGUAACAUUCACAGUUACGUUUCGUUUGUCUUUGUAUCAACUGCAGCAACACUAUACUCAGUUUACAUGUCCAUUCAAAUUACUUUUUACAUAAAAAUAAAAAAAUAUUUUUUUUUGUCAGUGCC